GGAGGGAGAGGGGCUCUACUCUUUGUCAUGGGAUGAUAUUUGGGAUUACUUUGCCAUAUCUUAAGGAGAAGGAGGACUUCAGUUUUCGGACACCGGAGCACAAACUCAAGCUCAACUAUGUGAACGUGAUAGAAGGGAGCACUUAGAGCCUGGCUGCAUUGUGUUCUCAGAUCAGAUCAAAAGACACAUGUUUGUCCGAUGAAGAACAUGCUUCCUCAAAGGAGUGCUGUUGCCACACUGGGUUAUGGCUCAGACUGUAUGAAGAUUGAACACGGCAACAGUGGUUUAGCGGGUGGGACAAUGCUGAGAGGCUCCCGCUCAAAGGCAGAGCUAAAAGAACUGAUGGAGACGCUGCAGCGCAGGAAGAGCGCUCUGGAGGCUUGUCUAAGAGCAGCAGAAUGUGGCUGUAAGGACCUCAAUGUCCCCUCUCCUGUUGGCAUGCAGCCUACCAGGCCAGUUUCGGUACUUGGCAGUGCCGAUCGCCCACCAUCUGCCUCCAGAACCCUCUCCUACAUAACCAGCAGCAGUGUGCCCCCAUCGCCCCGCCAGGGUGAACGCCAGCUAAGUUCUAAUGGCUUUCUCCGUCACGCCAGUUCUCGUCACCAAUCACAAGACAGCUUACUCCUCUCUAACAUAGCAGAUGGACGCUCUCUUCUCUCCUCCUACGGGGAGCCCGUACCUUGUUCUCCCAGGGCCAAAAGUGGAGCAGCAAGUAUGCCCUCCAGUCCUCGCAUGGGUCGCCGGAUCUACUCUCAAGGCAAAGCUGGAGCAGAAUCCCGGCAGAGGAAGUAUUCCACAGGCUCCCUCAAUAGUCUCGGAAUGCACAGCCGGUCUCUGCCACGGCUCCACCACGCCACAGACCCACCUGCACUCUCACUACCUUCACGCCACGCAGUGAGUUCCCACAGAGGGACGGGCCCAGUUGCAAUGCCACGGCGCAGUCUAUCCUCACUUGAGCAACCACCAGAUGUGACCGUCCCGGCAAGCAUGCCCAACACCCCCAAGAGGGCCAGCCUAGGCUCUUUGAGCUCUCUGGGCAUAGAUCUGGACAGUGCUUGUUUAGAUCUGGGCUUUGGUGACAGCAGGUUGUCCUUUGGCAAAGGUGGGCUAAGUCCAGGGCAGAGAGUAGGCAGCAUCAGCUCUCUGAACGGCAAAGAAGAGCUGCAAGACUACCACCAACACCAGAGGGAUGAACGACUCAAGGAACAGAAAGUGCAGAGACUGGAGUGCCAGCGUCUCGAGACCAUCAUGAAUCUGUGCACGGAGUUUGGCCAAGUGAAGAGAGAGUCAGCGGGCUCCGCGGUGUCCGACCUGCAGAAGAUCAACAAGGAGUUAGAGAAGCUGCAGGUGUCAGACGAUGAGUCCGUAUUCUCAGACUCUCCGAGCAGCACCGCUCAAGAGAACUGCUUUGGGGCCAGACCCAGGGACUACCCACAUGCUGAUGAGCAACAACUCUGUCAGCAGAGACAGCAGAGUGGCUUCAGAGAGGCCCGGCCACACUCACCCUCAGUCAGUCUGCACAGCAAUGUCCCCUCACCCUCCACUCACCACAGGGCCAAAGCCCUGGACACUGUGCAGCUUAAGAAGGAAUUUAAACAAAUCGAGGAAGAAAGGAUUCAAGUUUUGAACAACAUAGAGGAGCUGGAGCAGAAGAUCAAGGACCUGGACAACCAGAUGGAGGAGUCCGUCCGAGAGAUGGAGGUAGAGUGUGCUCUGCUGGAGGGGGAAGAGGAAUCAGAGACAGUAGAGCUGCAGAGGGAAAAUGAGCUUCUCAACCAACUCAAGGAAAAGAUUCCGAGUGCUGAGAAGACGAACCUCACAAAGACGUCAGGGGAAGUUGAGGUGCAGGUGAAAUGUUUGGAAGAACUGGAUUUCCAGAGGUUGGAGAGAGAGGUCAAUCAGAGUGAGGAAAAGGAGAAUCAGGUGUUGCUCAGAGAAAUCGCUGAGUAUCAACGUGCUACAGUCACACGCAAGGAUCGAAUCAUGACGCUGAAGAAACAAUCCACACAGAUUACCUUACAGGCUCAGCAAGACCGAGAAAACUUCCAGAAAGAGAAAAACAAUUUACUGAUCAUGCUUGAGAAGGAGAAAGAGAAGCUGAUGUCUUUGGACAGAAAAUAUGCAGAGUUAUCUGAGGGACAAACAUUCAUAAACAACCCCAUAGUGAACAAAGAGCAUUUGCACUCCCUGAAGGACAGAAGGCGAAGCAACAAAGACAGCCCUUCCCACCCCAGUGACAGCCUACCUCUUAAAAGGAGAGAGCAGCUUCCUGUCUCCUACGGCCGGACGUUCGGACGCACGCUGUCCCCUAAGGGUCACCUCCCUUUGGCUCAAAGCUCUAGUUGUGGCAACGUCAUCCCACAAGGCUUCAGCUUCCCCCUACGGGAGCUGAACACCCGCCGCCUUCCCAAAACAGGCAAUAGUCAUGUGCACAUGAAUGAUGACAGACAGAGAAGGAGUGAUUUUUGCAGUAGGAUGGUCUCCGAGCCCAAUGUGUUCCUGGAUUCCUUCACCUACCCAGACAACAGUCAGGCAUCGGACACGGUCAGCGUGGACAGCUCUGACAGCUUGGAGACCAGUUACUCCGCCUGUUCCCCAGACAACAUCUCCAGUGCCAGUGCGUCUAAUAUGGCAAAGAUUGAGGAAAUGGAACGUCUACUUCGAGAGGCCCAGGUUGAAAAGCAGAGACUUCUUGAGCACAGGGAGCGCGAGAUGGAGAUGCGUAGACAGGCUUUGGAGGAGGAGCGAAGACGAAGGGAGGACCUGGAGAAACGGCUGCAAGAAGAGACUAACAGGAGGCAGAAGCUUGUUGAGAGAGAAGUUAAACUGCGGGAAAAACAAAGAUCACAGUCGCGGCUCCUGACACGCUACCACCCUGUAAGGAAAGAUGACUUUGAUCUUCACGGCCACAUUGAGGCAGCUGGACACAACCCAGCUGCCUGCUUCCAUCUAGCCCUCACUGAUAAAACCUGUCGUGGCUUCCUGGUCAAGAUGGGUGGAAAGAUCAAGACGUGGAAGAAACGAUGGUUUGUUUUUGACCAGAAUCGCCGGACUUUGACAUAUUAUGCAGACAAACAUGAAACCAAGAUGAAAGGAGUCAUUUACUUCCAAGCCAUAGAGGAGGUGUACUAUGACCAUUUAAAGAAUGCACACAAGAGCCCCAACCCAUCGCUGACCUUCAGUGUGAAGACCCAUGAUCGCGUUUACUACAUGGUGGCGCCAUCUCCUGAGGCCAUGCGGAUCUGGAUGGAUGUUAUUGUUACAGGAGCUGAGGGACACAUGCAUUUCAUGGUGUAACUUCUACCAGCAGCUGGAGGUCCUUUGUCACAUGAAAAAUUUACAGUCAUCUGCAGGUACAAGUACAAGAGCAGGCCCAUGUUUACUAUCAAAAUGGGUCUUCAGUCAGCAAAAUCAACUUACCACUUUCAUCAUCAAGCUAUUUCUUCAUUUUUACUUGAGUGAGUGAAUCAUCGGUACAUCCAGGCAAUAAUGUUUCACUUACAUUUUGUUUUUACUGACAAAGCUUUGAACAAAAGAAUAUAUUGAACACUACAUUUUCAAUGAAAGGUAUCGGAAGGACAAUGCGUAACCUGCGCCUGCACAUUUAGAGCAUUUAGGACAUUUAGAAAAUGUGUUUUUCACACUGCAGUGAUGUCAUCAUGACAAAUGAUGAGCUGAUUGAUAUGAUCGUUUGAUCACCUCGUUUGCCCUAUUGGUUGUGGAGAUAUCAUGGGAAAUAUGUUUUUCAGAUAACAUGACAUCUCACACCACGCAGCUCACACCAUUUGAUUUCAAAUGGUUUAGUGACUAAUAUAAGCUUUACAUCAUCUCUCCAGCCCUACUGGUUGUGGAGAUAUCGUGGAAAAAUGUGUUUUUAUGACUAUAGUUUUGCCAAUGUUGACCUUCGCUGCAAACAUUAAUCCAAAAAAAUAACAUCACCCGAGAAAUAUUCUUAGCAAUUUUGAUGAAAGCCUGUUAACCCUUUUCCAAGUUAUUGUGUACACACACACACACACACACACACACACACACACACACACACACACACACACACACACACACACACACACAGGCAAUUACAAUACCCUGCUGGCAACCAGCGCAUAGGUUGUUUGCACUUGCAUGAAGUCUAAAUUUGUAGCAAACACAGAGUUUGAUUUACUCCAUCACAAAUUGACAGUUCAGCCUAAUUAUGAACAAACUUAUCAUGAGGGAACUGUUUUGUUUACUACUGCACUUUCAAUAAGGGAACAAUGACUUUAAGGCCUUUUUCAGCAGUGUUUUGAACUUUAUUUGUGAAAAUGCCCCGAAUCGAGGAAUUCCACAGAUUCAGUCAUGGGUGGGGGUGUUUGUGUUGGCGAGAAAGACGGUGUGAAAAAGUUGGAUAACAAAUCAAGAAUCCAUGGAAUUGGCACUGGCUUGAAUUUAAAGUCAUCCUCAUGAACUGAAAGAUAAAAGAAACGGGAAAAGCGAACUGCAUCAUGUGCCCUCAAGAAACAUGGUAGGAAUUUUUCUCUCCCUAGAAAAUAAACAUUGUGCUGUUCAAACAGGAUUUCAGACAAUACUAUGUGACUUUUUAUUAAUGUCGACUUGCUAUCAUUA